GUGAAUGACACUGACCCAAGGCUGGACAAUGAGGACACCUGGAUCGGGGUGGUUCCGGUGGAGGAGGAGCAAACGGAGGCCCCCAAGGGCCACAAAGAGGAGUCUUUCGCCAGCACGGUGGUGGACAAGAUGAAACGGGCCCUUGUUUUGGGUGCUUCAGCCCUGCUCAUCCUUGCUCUGAACCAGAACAGAAUCCGAGAGCUGGACGUCUCCCAGGUCCUUUCGAAGCCCGUGGUGAUCGUUCAGACCUCGGAAAACGUAACGAAACUCCUCGGGGCACUGCUACGAGGUCUUCGGGCCACAGCGAAGAUCACAUAUCAAGCAGGGCUGUUGGAGAACAUGGGGGUAACCCUCACCCUGUGGUCCACGUGUGGCCUCUCGCGGGGUGGCAUGUAUGCCGAGUGGCAGGGCGUGAUCUGCACGGGCGAAAACAGCUCUAAGGUCCAGAAAUACCUCCAGCAGCUAUGGAACGCCAUCCUGCUCAUCGCGUUGCUCCUGUGCACAGGUGUGAUUGUGCAGGCACAACGACAAUCCCGGCACAGUCAGUUGGACCAAGAAUCUGAGCUGGAUCUCAAACAACACAUUGCCCAGAAGCUGCUGGCCUUGAAAACCCGGCGUUACCAGCCCGGCAGGGCACCCCACAGCUGGGCGCACGAGAUUGACAGCUGUGCCAUCUGCCUAGACCAGUUUCAGAAGAAUCAGUGUCUCCGGAUCCUACCCUGCCUGCACGAAUUUCACCGGGACUGUGUAGACCCCUGGCUCCUCUUGCAACAGACUUGCCCGCUCUGUAAACACAACGUUCUCGGAAACUGUUGCUGAGACAGGUAGCAAGAGCCUUCCAAGAAGCCAUCCUAUAGAGAGCAACAUUUCCCAAGUUUUGGCAGCUUUUAAGAUAUACGGACUUCCAAUUCCCAGAAUUCCCCAGCCGUCUCUCCGAGAAUCCUGGGAGUUGAAGGGCACACAUCUUAAAAGCCGGCAAGCUUGAGAAACAUUGCCCUUGAGUUUUGGACCGUUUCUGGGGUUGCUUUGAGCGGAGAAGCAGCUGUGCUGUCUACGCUCUGGGCCCCACCAGGACAGGAACUACAGGAGCAGGUGUAAAUAAUGCGUUCAUCAUCAUUCCUUCUGGCUUCGUUUGUGCAUCCUCUCCUGCCACCCCCGGACUGAAAUCCACUCCCUUUUCGGUGUGUUGCUCGCCGGACAUUUUUGUGCAGCUUGGAUCUGACCUGGCGGGGGGAACCAGACCUUCUGGGAACCCACCUUGGGGGUUUCAUUUCGUGAAGCAAUGAAGGGCUGACAACACAUGAGGCUUCCGACGAAACCCCCCCCCCUUUUUUUUUUGGAGGGGGGGAACAUUUGCAAAGGAAAAACGAGAUUUUAGCCGGUGGGACGGGAUGGGGAUGGAGGUUUGAAAUGCUUCCUUAUUUAUACUAACUUAUUUGAGCAAGGGCUGUGGAGGUCCUGGGAUGACAUCUCGGAAAGGGCUGAGAUAUUGCAGACUUCGUUGGGAGGUUUAUAAGCCCCUUGCCCUAAUUAAAAAUAAUUCUAGCGAACU